UCCACGGAACUUCCAAGAAGCUCCCUCAAAAUUACAAAGAUUGCUUUCUGAUUAAUUCUCCCAAGUUUUCAACGACCGAGAAAACGAUAUUCGCCAACAUGUCGAGCAGAAUUGAUAAAGCCAAGGCUGAUGCGAAGGAGGUUGCUGUGGAGGACUUCAAUAAGGCAAAGACCAUGGCAACGCAAGCUGCUAAGUCUGGGGCUUACCUGUAUCCUAUCAAGGGUAUCUUCUACUUCCUCAGCCACCGCACAUUGUGGAAGCCUCUCCUCUCAAAGUUGGCACCAACGAUGACGUUGUCGGUUGGAGUUAUUGCUUUUAUGUUCAUAUUUGCAUAUCUUCCGCAACUUGCUGUGCUCGUCUUCGUCAACGGUCCUCUUGCAGCCUUCACCACAAUCCUCCUCACGCUUAGUGAAAGCUCCACGCUCAUCACACUGCUUUCGAGAACUUUCUUGAUCCAAGAUGCUUUGGUGGAUACUUUUGAUGGAGUCUUGGUCGCAAGAAAACAGACAGCUAUUUUGUCUGAAGGUCGUCAACUCAAAUCCGGAAACUUCAAUGAUCCUAUUGCAAAGCUGGGAAAACUCAUCAAGUCUCCAUUUGAAAAGUUUACGCCAAAGGCUUUGAUCAGAUACGUUAUGUAUCUUCCACUGAAUUUUAUCCCUGUGGUGGGAACUGUGAUCUUUGUUCUUUUGCAAGGUCGCACGAGAGGAAAUUCAGUUCACACCCGAUACUUCCAACUGAAGAAGUGGACUAGACAACAAAUUGAUGAGUGGCUCAAAGAGAACACAGCCCCGUACACGGCAUUUGGUACAGUCGCCACUUUACUCGAAUUGGUUCCAGUUGCCUCAAUUCUGUUCUCCUUCACCAACACAGUGGGAGCUGCCCUCUGGGCAGCAGAUAUUGAGUCGAACAACACCCAGAUGACAGAGAUGACGACUCCGAAAUCUCAUGAGGCCAAGAAGGCUGAAUAGUGCAGCCUCCCGAGAUUAACCCUCGAUCUGUGCAAUCAUCGGCUGAUCAGGAGGUUGCAUGCAGGUCCCGUCGACUCUCGUGUUACAUUUCCGAGUGUACCCAGCCGCAGAUCGCUGAGUAUCGAUCUUCCCUCGGGGCACUCAAUCUCCGUACAAACCGUUUGUUUCAUGGAACUUUUUCAGCGUGGCGUUGGUAGCGAGGUAGGAAAUCGUCUUGAAGAACAGUAGCUUUGUAUACACUCUCGGGGGUAUCUUUCCGGGUAUUUCAAGGAUAUGCAAUGGUACAGGUUGAAGGCCAAUUUUGAGGACAUGUAUGUUGGCAAUAUCAAAUCGAGCCAUAGGACCCAAAAAACACAAGUAGUGCAUCACCGAGCAAGCUCUCUCUCCAGUUC